AUGUCCACUGCGCUCUCCCCUAUACGCUUUUCGCCCGUGCCUUCUUUGUCCAUUCGUCGAUAUAUCCAUUCUCCCCAAGCACCUGGCGGUUUCAAACAUUCCUCUUCCGAGUUUAAGUACCAUCCUGGUCACCGAGGCUUCUUAAGACCCCCUCGCACUAGCAUCCCACCUUCCAUUGCUGUCAGCCUCCUCUGA